AUGGAUGCUCAAAAGAAAUCUUUAUUCGAUGACGCUGUUGAUGGUGAAUUGCUCAGUGAACCUUCUCAAACGUUUGCGCCUACAGUUAUCAUCUCAUUACUUGUCGUUUUUUUAACAAUAUUUAUUUUAUGGUGGAUCAAACGACGUCCCGGAUCGCAUCGUCGUGGUGAAUGUCUUCUAUUGUGUGGAGCAUCGAAUUCCGGUAAAACAUUACUCUUCUGCCGUUUCACAACGGGCUUGGCUAAACGAACAAUAACAUCGAUGGCAACAAAUACAGGUUCGAUGAUACUUGAAAGUUCAUCGUCGGAUCGUCCACCGAAGAAAAUUCAUGUUAUUGAUAUACCCGGUAAUUUACGUAUUCGUCAACGCGAUUUUAAUACAAAUAAAAGCUCAGCCAAGGCAAUUAUAUUUGUUAUUGAUAGUACAACAAUUAAAGAAGAAAGUAAAGACGUUUCGGAUUAUCUUUAUGAUAUUUUACAUGAGAAAUCAUUUCGCCAACAACGUUUACCCAUAUUAAUAUUUUGUAAUAAACAAGAUAUCAAUAAUGACGUGGAAACUGUUCAGUCGAUUCGUGCUCUACUUGAAAAUGAAUUAACAAUGAAACGUAAAACACGUGCAUCGGCUGUUGAUGUUCAUCAAGGCAAAUCUGACACCAUUGAUGAUAUUGGCCAAUUGGGAAAAGAAAAAUUUGAAUUUAAUGAUAUUAAAGAUAUUCAAAUUACAUUUGUUGAUGGUUCAGCUUUGGGCAAUGAGAAGAAAUCAUUUGCUGAUCAGUACGAUGACGAAGCAGAUAUUGAUAGUGCUGGCGAUGAAACUGAUGCUGAUGGCGGAAUGAAUCUAGAUCAAGUUUAUGAUUGGAUUCAAAAAGUGUGGAUGAAAUGA